AUGAACACAGACGGCUUCAAAACUCGGCUCCGCUCCGAGUCUGCGACCCGCUCCGUAGUCUUCAACAACACGAAUGUGAGCCUGUGGCCUGCUCUAUCAUAUUUGUGGCACCUUCUGUGGCGGAAGCUCAUCGCUCCGGCUAAGCGAGGUGUGGCGGUGCGGUGCGUACAUGCAGUGGAGGAGGGCCGGGUAGCUGAGCAGGGCCAAUCAAAUAAAGGCCCAAGUUGUUUUGGUCUAAAGAUAACAUUCUUACGGGACAUACGAGAAAAGCAGCAUGACCAACAGAGAGAACGAGCCCGGUGGAUAGCGGCAGUCCACCCAGCAGCUGUUGUUUGGUUGUUUGGGGCUCUAGUGGCUCGUGUUGAUGAUUUGGAGGGCAACACAACACAAGACAUGAUUCUCGAAAUGGAAACACUACAGAUUUUGAGUUGGUGUCUGAGUUUGGUCUCGUUAUUUGUCAAUACUCGACUCGCACAGUAUAUCAAGAACGGUAAACGGAUCGAGCGACAUCCGGGCCAAAUUGCAACCGUCAUUGUUCAUUCAUGA